CGCCCUUGUCCAGGUUAAAACGCUCAACCUCCACCCCGUGCUGACUACAGACCUGCUGGGACUGACGCCUGGUGCUAGAGACAGCUCUCGCCAGCAGCCAGAAUGUCAGCCGUGGUCCUGGAGAACGGAGGCUCCGGCCGAAAAUUCUCAGACUUUGGACAGGAAACGAGCUACAUUGAGGACAACUCCAGCCAAAACAGCGCCAUUUCGCUGAUCUUCUCCCUCAAAGAAGAAGUUGGUGCACUGGCCAAAGUCUUGCGCUUAUUUGAGGAGAAUGACAUCAACCUGACGCACAUCGAGUCCAGACCGUCUCGCGUAAACAAAGACGAGUAUGAGUUUUUCACUCAUCUGGACAAGCGCAGUGUGCCCGCCCUGCCCAGCAUCAUCCAGAUCCUCAGGCAAGACAUCGGCGCCACUGUCCACGAGCUCACCCGGGAGAAGAAGAAGGACACAGUGCCCUGGUUCCCAAGGACCAUCCAGGAGCUGGACAGAUUCGCCAACCAGAUCCUCAGCUACGGCGCAGAGCUGGACGCGGACCACCCGGGCUUCAAGGACCCUGUGUACCGAGCAAGACGGAAGCACUUUGCUGACAUCGCCUACAACUACCGCCACGGGCAGCCCAUCCCCCGGGUGGAGUACACAGAGGAAGAGAAGAAAACCUGGGGCACGGUGUUUAGAACCCUGAAGUCCUUGUACAAAACCCACGCGUGCCACGAGCACAACCACAUCUUCCCGCUUCUGGAGAAGUACUGCGGCUUCCGCGAAGACAACAUCCCCCAGCUGGAAGACGUUUCCCAGUUCCUGCAGACUUGUACCGGCUUCCGCCUCCGGCCCGUGGCUGGCCUGCUGUCAUCUCGAGACUUCUUGGGCGGCCUGGCGUUCAGAGUCUUCCACUGCACACAGUACAUCAGGCAUGGGUCCAAGCCCAUGUACACACCUGAGCCGGACAUCUGCCAUGAGCUGUUGGGCCAUGUGCCUUUGUUUUCAGAUCGCAGCUUUGCCCAAUUUUCUCAGGAAAUCGGCCUUGCCUCCCUGGGUGCCCCUGACGAGUACAUCGAGAAGCUGGCCACGAUCUACUGGUUUACUGUGGAGUUUGGACUCUGCAAACAAGGAGACUCCAUUAAGGCCUACGGAGCUGGGCUCCUGUCAUCCUUCGGUGAAUUACAGUACUGCUUAUCCGACAAGCCGAAGCUCCUGCCCCUGGAGUUGGAGAAGACAGCGGUCCAGCCGUACACCGUCACCGAGUUCCAGCCCCUCUACUACGUGGCUGAGAGUUUCAGUGAUGCCAAGGAGAAAGUGAGGAGCUUCGCUGCCACCAUCCCUCGGCCCUUCUCAGUUCAUUACAACCCUUACACCCAGAGGAUCGAGGUCUUGGACAACACCCAGCAGCUGAAGAUUUUGGCCGACUCCAUCAACAGUGAAGUUGGAAUCCUUUGCAGUGCUCUGCAAAAAAUAAAGUGACGCUAUGGACAGGACACCCGUCAGCUGAGAGUCUGCUGAUGGAAAUCCAGCUACGUCUGUCAUCCAGAAACUCUGAAGAGAAAACCUUAAUUUGAAAUAACAGCUUUAAGUCUCUUUGGGAACAAAAUGGAGGCUUAACAAAUAAGGAAACUAAUCUGAAAUAAUAGUACAUUAACACCUCUUUCAAAAAUAAUGAUGGAUCUUUUAGAGCCCUCUUUGAUUUAGACGUGAUAAUCUCAUGCCUUCCCAUUGGUUGCCGUGGCAGUCUGCUGCAUUUCAUCAAGAUUAAGUAAAAUUUGGGAACUUCUACGUUCAGGUUUCCUUUGUUAAUUGCCAUCGUGAACUCCUAAAGGAGGACACACAGCUAAAUGUGAAAUGUAAAACUUUCAUUGGAAUUGAAUUAUUUUGUUUAAUAUAAAUCUUAAUCUACAAAGUUCAUUUUCUAUUUUCAUUAACUCUAUUCCAAUUAUGGCUUUGUUAUCAUGCUUACAUAAAUUUUCUUUAAUUUGAGAACUCAUUAAAAUAGUUAUGAGCAUUAAAGUUUUAUAGCAUUACACAAUACAUUUUUGUAUGUUUAAUUAUAAUAAUAAGUACUGCUGUGUAAGGCAUUAGGACUUCUCACUUGAUCCCCACAAUUUUCAGUGUCAUUUGCCAAUUAUUUGUGAAGUCUUCUUGGGAACUAUAGACAUAAUUGGUGGAUAUUCAGUAGAUAGUAUUGAAUGAAUAAGUGAAUGCAUUAUUAAAUAGCAAAUCCAUUAGAUGAAUGAGAAUUUUAUGUGCUAGGGAAAAAAAAAACAUUAGUAGUCACAAAAUUUUAGAGUUUCCAAUGCUUAUUGGGAUGAAAUAAUUCUCUCUUUGCUUUAGAAAUGCAUUAGCUGGGAAGUCUUGUGACAGAAGAAAUAAAAUAAGGUUUAGUGUCCCCGAGGGACCCACCGUGAUGGUCAAAAUCACACAUAGUUGGCUUUUGCUGAUUGUGUAAUUUACACAAAAACAUAAAUACUUGAGGUGCAGUGGGAGAGAAUAUCAAUGUCUUCAAAGCUAUGAUUUGAAAUUCUUAUGCUACUUUACAUCUUCUUUUGUAAAUAGCUAAGUCUUAAGAGAUUCACGUGGUAUUUCUUCAACUGUAGUUCUGCAGGGGCAUCAUGUGUAGUAAAUCGAGGCACUACCCCAGCUCUGUUUAUUAAGGUUCUUUAGUUCUGGGGUUCAGACACCUGCAUCUUUAAGUACACCAGAUUAUUUUAGUUUUAAAAUUCACAGCCAAAUUUACCAAGGACAUUAAGAAAACGUGACUUUGAUGAUCAGUCUGCCACUUGCCAAUGAAGUCACCUUGGAUGAGACACUUCCUUUCGUUGGAUCUUGGCUUCAUUCUAAUAAUGAGAGAAUUAAACUAUAUAAAGCAAGGUCCUUAUUGGCCUUAAAGUAUGUCUAAGAUGCUUGAACACCUUUAAAUAGCUGUCACUGAUUGGUUACUAGAGGGGAAAACACCUGCAUAAGUAUGCUGGCUGGAAGGAAGGAAUAAUAAUUUAACCUAAACAUGUCUGAGGUUUCCUUGUUUUGAAGUUGGGAUUUUCAUAUCCUUGCCUAUUUUCUAGUGCCUUUACAGAACCCAGUGAUUUUACAGGCAGACGCAGACCCCUUCCUGUAGCAUUCCUGUAGAUAUAGAGCACUCUACCAAGAGACUCACUCAGUCCACCUUUAGUUCAUGUUAGAAGUUAAUUGUUGACGCUGGAACUUAAGUAUUAGAAAGUAUUUUAGAUGGAACUUUCAGUAGUGAAUUUUUAGUCCCCCAGUGAAGAUGUUUUAAUGAUUUUUGAAGUUGAAGUUUAGGGUGGAGUAAUUUUCAUAGAAAGUAAUUUUCAUUCAUACCGAGUGGAAGAUAAAGUUUGAACAGAAGGAGUAAAUCUGAAGAUUUAUUGUGCAGCAUAAUGACUGUAAAUAACAAUGCAUUGUAUACUUGAAAAUUGCUAAAAAGAUUUUAAUCAUCACCACAAAAAGGGAUAAACAUGAGGCGAUUGAUAUGUUGAUUAGCUUGAUUUAAUUAUUUCACAAAGUAUGCAUAUAUCAAACUCUUCCACACUGUACACCACAAAUGUAUGAAGAUUUUCUUUGUCAAUUAAAAUUUCAAAAAUGUGCUUUUCUGAGAAAUGAAUUUUUUAAGUGUCCAAGAAGAGAAACUAUUAAGGAGUACAUCAUCUGUUUAUUUUCCAGUUUGGCUGUGUGAAUAAAAGGCAGCAACAUUUACCUUGAAUUGCAAUCUUUAUUUUUCCUUAGCUCGCUUCUAGGAAGCAUGUGAUGUCCAGAGAAAGGGAGUGAUCCUUCACUGAGGGGAUUAAAAUUGGUAUGGUCUUUGGAUGCCUAUGCUUUAUUCUUCCCAGAAGAAAUAAAUUAAGGACUAUUUAAUAAAGAAGAAAUAGACUUA